UGGCUCCGACAAUUCACAGCAGUGCAGUUUAGAUAAUAAUAAUUCUUUACCCAGACUCGUAAUUUUUCUAGUACAACGCUACGAUAAAUAAUAGGUGCAGUUCUUGAUGAAGGUAAGGGGGUAACGUCUUCGAUUUCUCAACCUAUUUCAAAACAACAGUCGAAUCAACAGAAGAAUCGAAGGAUGGCUAAGUACCCAAAACCAGCUAAUAUGCCGUAUACCGACAGCUGGUGUCAAACUCACGUCAACGUCGUCGACGCUAAUUUUACGUGGACAAUUAACAAUUUCAGCUUUUGUAACGAGAAACCUGGCGAAGCCCUAGAAUCAACAAUAUUUUCAUCGUCAAUGAAUAGUGCGCUGAAAUGGCGGCUUCAAUUCUAUCCAAGUGGCAACAAUCAAGAGAACAAGGACUACGUAUCUCUGUUUCUACACCUCGUAACCUGUGACAAGCCAACGAUCAAAGUCGACUUUAAAUUCUGCGUAAUCGACAAGGAUGGCCGUGAAGUGAACGAGCGCAAGACAAGCGAGAAAUGGCAGUUCUUUCAAGGUCGUCAAUCGGGUUUCCCAAAGUUCAUCAAGAAAGAUCACGUUCUCGACCCAAGCAACGGCAUUUUACCUCAAGACAAGUUACGCAUCGUAUGUACAAUCAGAUCGGCCACAGGUAAGGUCGAUCGCAUAAGUCUUGACAGUAUGUUUCCGCAGUCGCCAAAUCUGCUCAACCAGUUGUCCGAAGACUGGACACAAGCGCUUGAAGAACAAUCAUUUAGCGAUGUCACCCUUGAGUCUUGCGACGGCAUUAAACUAGCUGCACACAAGGUCGUGUUGGCAGCGAGGUCGCCGGUGUUUGCCGCGAUGUUCGAGCACGACAUGCGCGAACGACAUGAUAGUAAUGUUCUCAUUCACGACAUCGAGCCCGACAUUCUCAAGUCCAUGUUGAGAUUCAUUUACACAAGUCGAGUCGAAGAUUUGCAUUGCCAAGCUGCUAGGUUACUCGCUGCUGCUGAUAAGUAUGCCUUGGAUGGACUCAAAGCCAUUUGUGAGCAGAGUUUAUGCAAAGGGUUGAACAUUGAGGAUGCAGCCGAGUGUCUAGUAGUAGCUGAGCUUUACAGAGCUUGCAAAUUGAAAGAUAAGACGUUGAAUUUUAUUAGGGUACAUUUGAGGGAGGUCCUGGAAACGCCAAACUUCAAGGCUCUUGCCAAAGACCAACCAGCUCUCAUGGAAGAGAUACUCAGAUCUAUGACUAAAUCGUGAUUCUGUAUGUAUUAGAUUAAUGAAAUAACGGAGCUGCACUUUGAAUUUACUGUUGAUUUCAUAUUCAGCUUUACUUUCGCUUUUCUACAAAUUUCGCGUCUUUUAUUUUACUAACGAAAUUAUUUUAGUAUAUUUUUUGUAGUAUACGAUUAAAAUGAUUGAUGCACUAAUGUUUAUUAAUUUAAUUUGACAAAUUCUAAAAAAAGAAUUGUUAUAAUCGACGUAAACUGUAAAUUACUGUUAUCUUUCAAAUUAAGAUACCAGUUUUACACGUAUCAGUUAGAAUUUUAAUUAGUUUUUGAGACUGUGCAUUCCAGGCUGUAAGUAUAGUUAGAUUUACUCUACUUAAGUCUUAGAUUAAAGAUUAUUACAAAUGAGCGUGCCACUAUGUUUAUAAAAUAGUAAAAUAAUUGACUAGAUUGUAAAAAUUGUAGUUGAAGAUUGUAAGUGCAAAUGAUAAACGGACGAUGUAUAAUUGUAUAAUAAUAUUGUAAUUUGUACACGAAUAGAUCGAAAUCACGUAAAAAAUGCCCCUUAUUCCGUGACCGAUUAAACGUACAAAGUCAUCUGAACAAAUCGUGACAUACAUUGUAAUAAAUUACCUGUAUUUUUGAUAAAUAAGAAUAUCUUCAAUUAAAGUUAACUUUAGAUUCGUUUUCCUUCACCCGAGCGCUGCAUUUCAAAUUAUAACCCGAAAUUAAAAAAAAAUUAAA